AAUAAAGGUUGAUACAUAGAAUUUAUGUUUCCUUAAAUUCUCACCUUAUGGCACUACGAUCGUUAGCCCAUGACGUUAUCACCUUAAGCUACAGUGACAUCAUAUUCCUAAUAAUUAAGAACACUAAGCUGGUGCUGCCCGGUCGUGAGUACCUGUCAGAAACUCAACCGACGAAGUUGUGCUCAAUGUCGGUGUCCACUUUUUACCUGAACGUACCAGCAGUACGUUCACAUCUUCGACUUGCCGGAAGGAAACUGUUGCGUUUCUACCAGCAAAAAUGCUCCAAGCCGUACCUGGAGUAUGGCACCACACAGAAGAUUUAUUUUCACGGUCAGGAACACUGCAGAAGAUACAUUUCCACGAAUGUAACGAUGUCUUCUGCCAAAGACUCUGGAAGUGCUGGCAUUUUGUCUAAGCAGGGGGCCAAGGAACUUGCGAUUAGACUUACCACCCAGGAACGCGAAGUACUCAUAUUAGCAUUGCAGGAAUGCCAGUCACAGCAGACCAAAACGGAGUAUGAAGGUCACUUAGCGGCGUUUCGAUGGCGGAGUAAAUUUGGCCGACCAGCCAGAGUACCAUCCCUUGGAGAUGUGGAUCCUACAGGAAGCUAUUGCGCCGUUCCGGACGAUUGGCUUCUUCGCAAGUACGUUGAAACAGUUCCACAACCAACACGCAGUGACUUGAUACGAGUAUCACUAGCAAAUGCAAUUCCAUUCGUUGGUUUUGGCUUCCUCGACAAUUCCAUCAUGAUCAUUGCCGGUGAUCAAAUCGAAUCAAGUUUGGGAGCCUUUAUAACACUAUCCACAAUGGCAGCAGCAGCUUUUGGUAAUACAAUUUCUGAUAUCCUGGGUAUCGGAUCUGCUUUCUACGUUGAAAUGCUCGCUCAGAAGAUUGGAUUUCAGCCACCAAAAUUGACACCUAUACAAUUGGACCUGCCAAAGUCGAGACGUGCUGCCAAUUUGGGCCGAGUACUGGGUGUAACUCUUGGCUGUUUACUAGGUAUGACACCACUACUUAUUCUUCACCAGGAUAGUAAGGACAAAGAUAAGGACUCACACGAUUCUGAGGACAAGAAAUAAGACAGUAAUACAAUUAUAUCUUUGUAAAAUCAAGAUGGGCCGAUCAUCUACCUUGUGAGAAAAAAUUUCAACACUUGAAAUUAAACUAAAGCAAUUAAAUGUCGCCGUAAAUAUGUGUAUAGAUGUAUCUUCUCGAUGUAUGUAUGUAUAUAGGCUUCCGAUAUUAAACUGUUAUUUUAGCGUCGA